GGUUAGAGGAGUAUAUAGAGUAAGGGUUCGAAACUAUGUCGAUGGCUGAUCAUACCAUCAUUACCAGGAAGAUGAAAGGACUGGAAGACGCCAUCGGAAUGACCAUUGUAGACUACCUACGCGAUGAGAAUGGAUGGGCAUUCACUGAUCAGCGACCCAAGACAUCCCUGGACACUGUCAAUAACUGCAAGUAUCUAAGGGAAAUCUACAUGAUGGUAGAGCCGGGUUACGAUGGUCGGGUGACCGUACCAGUCCUAUGGGACAAGAAGAUCAAGACCAUUGUAAACAACGAAUCCGCUGAGAUCCUACGUAUCCUGAAUAAACAGUUCAAUGCCUUCUCAGCUACAGAGGAGCAGCGAAAUCUAGACCUCUCUCCAGAUGAGUUGAUGGAAACCAUUGAGGAAAUUAACUCCUGGGUUGCUCAAGACAUCAAUUUGGGCGUGUACAAUGCUGGGUUUGCCACAGCUCAGGAAGCCUAUGACGAAGGUGUAGUCAAACUCUUCAAAGCUCUUGACAGGGUGGAGGAUGUAUUGUCCAAGUCUCGUUAUCUAUGCGGGGAUCGUCUAACCGAGGCCGACAUCCGUCUCUUCACCACCUUGAUACGUUUCGAUGUCGUGUACGUUCACCACUUCAAGUGCAACAAGAAGCGUAUUGUGGACUAUCCCAACUUAUGGGGCUUCACCCGUGACCUUUACCAGACACCGGGGAUUGGAGAAACAGUAGACCAAGAACAUAUCCAGAAACAUUAUCAGAUGGUCCACAGGCACAUCAAUCCUAAUGGUAUCGUCGCCAUCGGACCCGAUCUAGACUUCGAUUCCCCACACGGCAGGGAUGUGAAAUUCCAGAAGUAGGAGGGUCCACAAAGUUCUCGAAAACGAGAGCUAUAAUAUUAUUACUAAUCAUACUUAUAUUGUAAUUACUUUCCGCUAGUUAAUUUGCUAAUCAUGAGCUAGAUGACCACAUUUAUGUCAAAUUCAAUUGGGUACCGAAGUGCUAACAUCAUAUUCGGUCGUCGUCCAGUUUACUGGUUCCAAACAAAAGAGCUUGCGCAUGAGGUUUACCUCAAAAUCAUUCAAGCAACGGGCUAGAGCAGGGCAUAUUCAGCGUUUGGCGCUGGUGUGAUCAUCACGCCAUUCUUUAUGCAUCAAACUGUUUGCAACCGACAACAAUGAUAACUUGGCCAGUAUGACGUCACACUUCGGUACUCUAACUAACUCCGUAGUACAUGUGAUGUAGAAGACAGUAAGAUAGAAUGAAAGAGGCAAAUUAUUACUAUUCUUACUUCCAUGUGAUAUCACAGGUAGGCAGAUAAUAUAUUCAUGUCAUUGUCGUGCCUUGUUUUAUGAAAACGCCAAUUUGAUGU